UCUUUGACAUUUGUCAGUGUGAUUGACGUUUGAUUUAUUAGGAUCGGUGCGUCGCGGAGUGUUUUUAUUUUUAAUGUACAAAACAGAAACUAAUAAAUCCUUGUUAGAUUCGAAGACCGAGCAGUAAAUUAUCUAUCGAUCAUGUCUGCUUCUACUGUUUUACGAGUUAAAAGAAGAUUAGAGGAAAAUCCUCAGGAUGCUUUGGUACUUCUAUGUAAACGAGUAAAAACCGACAGUGAGGAGAUUUCACCCUCGUUAUUCGUUUUCAGAGGAACUGUUGAUAAUCAGGAGCAGAUAAUUGUAAAAGAUUUGGUACCAAAAGAGGACAUCAAACAAAAACCUAUUUCAAAUGUGGCUGACAUCAUACAAAAGAUACGUAAGGAGAGAAAAGAUGUGUCAACAGAGAACCGCUAUGAAGUAGUGAAUUGUCAUAGAGGCCUGAAAGAAGAUGUGAGCGGUGAAGAUCUCUUCCAUUUGGUAGAUUUAGCCAGAGCUGGUGAAAAAGAGAAAGAAGUUGGUUUCACUUAUGAUUUAUAUACUUCAGCAAAGCCUGACUUUGAUGUUUCUAUGUUGGAUAAUUUAGUCAGCAUCGAAAAUUAUGAGACAGAUCUAGUUUUUGACUCAUACAGAGCAAAUGGCGAGGCACCGUCCGAUGAUGGAGCUGAUGAUGAUGAUGACUCCAAUGAUGAGAAUAACUGGAGAAAUGAAUACCCAGACUCGGAAGCAAGCAGUAUCAAUGAAGAAGAUAUGAUAAAGGCUAUGGAAAAUUGUGAUUUAGAUGAACUUUCAAGUGAUACAGGUGAGGAUAAAAUCUACGAUGAUCCGCCAGAUCUGUUCAGUGAAGAUGUUCAAAGAUAUGGUGCAGCGUAUGCUAAAUACAAAGCUCGAGUUAUGGGAGAGACUGAUCUACCAGAUAGUAGAAGUCUAAUACAUUGUACUAAGGUAAAAGACCUCGAUGAAGAGUCAAUUGACGGUUAUAAAGGAGAUAGUGAUGAUGGUUUCUAUUACGGACAAGACCAAGAUUCAGAACAGUUCCGAGAGCAGUAUGCUGAUUCAUCGGACGAGUACAGUCCUGAUUGAAAUUGUGUAUUUCACUUUAAAUUUUAUCAACAUUUAUAUCAUAAAUUACUCUUUUUAUUGUUAUAAAGUAUACAGAAAGAAUUAUCCAAAAAAUUAUUAAUAUAUUUAAGUAAAGAAUACUUUUCGUCUUUUAGAACAUUUUUCUAUAGAAAUUUCGCAGUUUAAAUGACAAAACUUGUAAAUUUCAAUAAAACCUUUUAAUGCA